AUGUCCUCUCCGUGGAAAAAACAGCCGGAAGAUGUGGUCGACAGCGUUCUAAAGCGGGCAGAAGUCAGCAAGAUUGCACGCAGACUGCAGAACCGCUUGGCUUUGGCCCAGUUCAAGACUAAGCAUGGUUGGGAAGACUUGACGCUCGACUCCAUCGAACCCAAAUUGGAGGAGGAAAUGCGAAGACGACGCCUUUGCGACGGAGACGUCUUAUCCGACUCGUCAUCCAGCGCAUCCGAUCUACCUUACCCGACAAAAGCUCUGAUGAGCUCGCCGCUCAAGGCACCUUUAUUCUCCGAUGCCAUCGGGUCGAGCAACGGGAGCUCGGGUCACCGAAAGCGUACAUACUUUGCAUCGUUUGACCAUACGGCCUCAAGCCCAAGCAAGCGCUUUCGCGCAUCGCCGACAGCACACAAGUCCUUUUCAGGACACUCCACGUGGAAGGACAGUCAUGAGUUGGCGCAGUCGUCACCUAUCAAGCCUCGGCGCCAACAGCACUUUACCACGUCAGGUGGGCCAGAUGUGUCAUUUUUCCAGCAACGCAGAAUGACAGAUGCCUUAACAUCGCCAAACUUUGCAGCGCCUUCGGACGACGACGACGACCUGCUACCUGCGCACUCGUUCACCGUCAAUAACGUCCGGUCGUCUCCGCCACGUACUCCGCCCUUGCAAACCCGAGGCCUUGCAAGCAAGCGGAGUAAAGAAACCUUGGAUGCUGGCAAUGGUGGCAAGACGGGAGAAGAAGGUGCAGACCUUUUGCUGUAUCUUGCAGCGUCGCCAUCUCCAGCGGUCAAGUCGAACCGAGGCCGCAUGGAACGUCUGUCAACCCCUCCACCCAAGAACAGCAAGUUGGACCUGCCAUCAUCCAUGAUGACAACACCGGGCGGAGGCAACUUGUUUCCCAAUACUCCUGGCCAGGGAUUUGACUUUGCAGACUUUGUCAACAUCACUCCUAGCCCGGCACAGAAACCAUGGAGAACACCUGGUCCCAUGUCUGCUCGCACACCCCUCAGUGUGACCAGGCGAAGGCUAACUUUUGAGGAGCCUCUGGCCUAA